CGCAAUAUUAUUGGGUAUGGGUCACUUGAGGUCGGCCUACUUUUACAGUACGGAAUCAUGCUUUAUAUCCCGUUUUGAAUCAAAAAAUAACCCAAUUGGGCAUGCACCGAUUAAUAAUUAAUAUCAGGGCAUUCAGCAAAGUCGUUCCAAAUCAGUUAUAAAAAGCUCUCAGAGCUGCCGAACGCUUCAUUUUGUAGGAAAAUGUUUUCGCUACUAAACUGAAGUGCUACAAAAAUUUUGAUGUUAUAUAUAGAGAAAAUACAAUAAAUCGAAAAUGCACUAUAAUCAUAGAAAAAUAAUCGCCGGUCGCUUUUUUCGCAAUUUUGCUCAGUUUUUGAUGCUUAUAUUUCUGUCGCAGAUAAUACUAAAAUGCCUUCUUGCACUUUAGUUUGGUAGAGCAAACAUUUUUCUACAAAAUGAGACAUUCGGCAACUCUAAGUGCGUUUUGACAUCUGAUUCGGAACGACUUUGCUGGAUGCCCUAAUAUCGAUUGUUAAGCGGUACAUGCCUAAUCCCGAUCGGGAUAUGCUUCCUCGCGUUUUUAUGAAGGGAAAUGCUAUUAAGGUUAAAAAGUUGGAAUCUAGUGUAUUGCGAACCCAAUAUUACCCAAUAUUAUUGUAUAGUAUUAUUGAGUGACCAAUAUUAUUGGUCCCAACAGAUUAGGCAUACAAUACCCAAUCUGGGUAUCCUAAUGGAUAGCCAAUAAUAUUGUACAAUAUCUUCAAUAAUGAUUGGUAUUGGUGCAUGCCUAAUUAUCGGCGCUAAAAUACAAGGCCGGUCGUUAUUUUUUGAAUAACUCAAGAGGAAUAAAACAUAGAGAUACAGAUUUGCGGUUUUCAUCAUUCGCUAGCCGAGAUCCGAGGCUAUGCUUUCAUAAGCAAAAACAAGUCUGGAAAAUUUCAAUGAUCGGUUUUUCAGGAUACCUGUGGAAAACCAGUUCGGUUCUCUGAAAGGUGACAUAGAAAUCUAUGGGUUUCUUUUCGUACAUGUAUAGUCAGAAGUGUCCUCUACUAAACUGGAUCUAAGAAAUAUCUUGGAAACGCAUGGUUCAGGAGCUAUGUAAGAGAUUCAUUUCUAUAUCGCAUACUUAAUACAGUACUUCGUAUUAAAGAUAUCGACUGUCCGUUUGAAUUUCGAUUAUUGAUUAAGGAUACGUUCGAACAAUUAAAACAUUUUAAUAGCAAUCACCAUAAUCAAGAAUCGAUCAUUCAUGUUUAUCGUGAUCAAAUAAUUUCUUCAAAAGAAUUAAACGAAAGCAAAUCAAAUAUUGGUGAAUUUAUAUCACUGAAUUCAUUAUUAUCAACAAGUAAAAAUCGGAAUGUCACAGGUUUAUUUGUAUCUGAAGAACCAAAAGAUAGAAAAGAGUCAAUAUUAUUUGAAAUUCAAGUUGAUACACGUCUUUCAACAAAAACAUUUGCUGAUAUACUAUUUCAUUAUCAUUAA